AUGGAUUCCAGGAUCUACCUGCGAGCAGGCGAUGGUACGAAAGGUCCCUUGCGAGAUGUGGUGGCAAGGGAAAAGCUGGAAGGGUACAUCAAAACCUAUGGUGAUUUCGCGGACCUUUGGAUGCCAUGGAAGGCAUCAGACAACCGGGCAUUUGGCUUUGUGACCUUCAGAGACCCGGUGGCUGCACAGCAGUUUGUCCAGUUGUCUCCGCACUGCGUCCCAGAUGCGACCACCGAGAUUAUUGCUAAGUGGAGGCAUGGACAAAAGAGUGGCCAAGGGCGUGGAAAAACAUCUGCCGGUGAUGAUCUGCAGGGAGCCCUUCAGGCGAUGAAGACUGAUGAUCAUGAUCCUGACGUGUCGUUGAAGACAUACUUCGCACCCAGACAGACGAAGCAAUCCUUGAUUCGUAUCCUGAAGUCGCAGGACGAGGCUUACCAAAAGAAGCUUGAUGCGUCUGUGAAGAGCAUCAGAGGAAAGGAUGUUCCGAAAAAGAGCAAGCCAAAGCUGCAUCUUUUUCACGGCCCUCCAGCUACUGGAAAGACCCAGGCAAUGAAGGUCAUCGCCGCAGAAGCAGGUCUUCGGGCAAUUAACUUGAAGCUGGGCGAGCCCGGAUACGGUUCAUUGAAAGAGUUGCAGGAUGCCCUCAACCAGAUUGAUGAGAUGUCACGUGAUCCCGAUGGGGUCGGAGUGGCCGUCUUGAUUGAUGAAGCGGAGCAAGUGUUCCGCAGUCGGAGUGACAUGAAGAGUACCAGCGUCAAAGCGGAGGCAAUGAAGGAGGUUGUGCGGGCCUUCCUGGAGUGGACUGAUGGUUUGCAGACCCGAAAUCGUGAUGCCAAGCCCAUCGUGGUUGUGAUGGCUACCAACCUGCGGGACAGGAUUGACGAAGCCAUCCAAAGCCGUGUGGGCGAAUCCGUUCAGUUUUCAUAUCCCACGUUCGCGCAGUGCAAGGAGCAUUUCGCAGCAAAUGCGCCAAUAGUUCAAAGGUGGCACUGGCAGCUGGCCAUGGCCAGCCGUCUCCUCUUCAUGGAUUUUCGCGAACUGGAAGCAGUGCAUGACCUUGUUUGUGAGCGAGAUGCUGAGAAGCCCGACAAUGGAACCGCGCCUGGUGACGUGGGACCACUUGCAGACUAUCUUCCUGCGAUUUGGUCCAUAUGGUGGCAGCGGAACCGGAAAGGGUCCAAGGAGUGGAGACUACUUGGCAUUUUGAAGCUGAUCACAUGGCAACUCCCGUUCUUCUCGUGGCAGCUGCGUGUCGUGAGCAGGGAAAUGCGCAACGGAGUGCGGGACACACAGCACUUUCGCCUCGGGCUGAUGCAGUUCUUCCGCGGUAUGCUGCAACGCAUGCAAGGGUGGCGGGCCCUUGCCCUCUUCAGCAUGUUCACCCCCCACUCCAUCCGAGUGGCCUUGCUCUUCAUGAAGCUUGUAAGCGCCGCUGCCGCCAACGCUGUGUUUUUCCGCACUACCGCGCAGCCGGCUGAUGCUGACCCACGGUGUUCCAAGCCUCAGGACCUGCUCUCGCGCAUCGUGCAGGCAUUCACAGUUGGGGUGGUCACGGCCGUGAUGGGUGAUGUGCUGAUUGCGCUGCUCCUAAUCCUUCAGAGGCGCUCCGUGGUGGAGAGGGACGAGUGGACACCCGCCCGUGUUGCUCGCCAACGGAAUUGGUGGUUCUGCAGGAGGUGCUUCUUUUGGGCGAUCUGGGUACCGCAUGCUUGCAUCUGCAUCCUCUAUGUGCUUGUCUUCUUAGCCAAUGUGAGCCGACGGGAUGCUCAGAAGUGGCUUGAGAGCACUGCCAUGAGCCUCCUGCAGGACGUUAUCUUAAAGCCCCUAUCCAUUGCAGCGCUCCUGGGGAUCUUGGCAAGCUUGGCCUUGGCGUGUAUGCCUCAGGUACAGGACAAGGUGCGGACCCAGUGGCUCCACGAUGACGAGCAGGAGGUGCCCCAGCAG